CCAGCCCCAAAGACAGAGCCCAGACUCUGCCUUUCAGCUCAUUCUGCCAAUGUAUGUUUAUUUUGUGUUAUUUUAGAAUUAUUUCCUUUUUUGUUUUUAUUCCCUUCCAUCCUGGACACUCCUCCUCCUCCUCCUCUCUCCCCUUACUCCACUCACUUGCUUCCCCCCCUACCCCUCAACCUCUCUUUGGAUUUUCCAUUUCACAGACUCCGCAUCACUUCACCCGUUCUUAUGACAAACCCUGGUUGGUAAACAGCAAGGCAGGUACCCCCCCUUUGAGGGGCCUCGAUAAUGCCGACCUCCACCUGUCUGCUUCUGAGGUGACUCCGUCUUCAAGCAGCAAGCUGAAACGGCCCCCCUUCCACUCAAGCCGGACAUCUCUCGCUGGGGAUACCAGUAACAAUUCCUCACCAGUUUCUUCAGGUGCCAAAACCAACCGGGCGGAUCCAAAGAAAACCGCCAGUCGCCCCACAAGUCGCGCCGGGAGCCGGGCUGGGAGCCGGGCCAGUAGCCGGCGGGGCAGCGAUGCCUCCGAUUUCGAUCUCCUGGAAACACAGUCCGCUUGUUCAGAUACUUCUGAAAGCAGCGCAACGGGGGGCCAGGGGGGCUCUCGGCGGGGCAUGGGGGCAAAGCCCUCGAAAAUCCCCACCAUGUCGAAGAAGACGCCCACCCCCAAAACUCCAGGCCCCAAGAGAUAAUACAGCAUUCACACUCACCUGCAUCAUGACACACACAUACACACACAAACACACAGAACAACCUGUGUCUGGUUUUUAACCCUGCAUCAUACAUUGGAUGUAUAUUUAUUCUACAUGGGAGAAAUUAUAUUGUUAAAAGUGUAAAAGAAUUAAUUGUGUUAUCAAGCUGCCUUAUUUUGUUCUGUUAUUAUUAUUUUUUUUUUGUAAGUUACUAUUUUCAUGUGAAUAUUUAUGUAGAUAAAACUUGCCUUCUGGUGACCUUCUUGGCGUUGGCGGGAGGACACUGGGGAGGCGGGAUGAACUGUGGGAGAGAAUCAAAGCAAGCAAAAGGUCAAGAUGUGAAAAUGUAAAAACAGAAAACAAAAAACAUUAUAAAUAGGAUUUUUGCGCAGUGCAGGAGCUGAUCCUGCUUUAUCUUUUAGGAUUGUUUCCUAAAGGCAUCUUUAUUAAAAAAAAAAACAAAAACAAAAAACCUUUCACUUGCUGUCUCAGCAAGGUAAAUUCUAUUGAAAAGCAACACCGGAGUAUCCAGCAGUGUUCAAGGAACUCUCUCUCUCUCUCUUUUCCUUUUCCUUUUUGUAAAUCAUGGAUACCUCAAAUAGAGAGAAAAUGUCUGGUGGGGGGACCUGGGGCUUCUGUUUCUGUUUAAAAAAAAAAGAAUUCCUGGUUUUACCUGAAGAUUAAAAUGGAGUGAGUUUGAACAAACAUUUGCACAAGCUUCGUUCCAAUAAAGGAGUUCAUUAAAGCAAAACAAAACCACUCUAUACUUAGCAAAGUGCAAAAGCUCCAUCAGCUGCUGGGUUUUUUAAAAGAACAACGAUCUUGUAUUUUCAGGGUGGGGGCGAGCGUUGAAUUUGCAGCCGCCAAGAGACAUCAGUCACGUUGGGGAGACGAUUCGGGGGCUGAGGGACACUGAGCACACGUCCCUUCGGCAAAAAGGCAGCAAACGGGGAGCUCCUCUGGCCACUGCAGAAACAACACCCCCACCUUCACCUUUUUGUUCACAGACUGCUAUGGAACAAAUGGCAAACUGCAUCAUUUCCUAUUUAUUCUCUCUCAUCCAGUGAAUGGCCACUUGUGGACUAGCCUGACACACAGGAGACCUUGCACUCCAGAGAAGAGCUGCCUUCAACACGCACAGUCGCUUAGAAGUUUUAAAAAGUGUAUCACCAGCAGCCCCCCACCCCAUUUUCAACAGUCCCCUCUCUCUCACACACUUACUUUUAUAUGCUCCCCUCUUUUUAUCCCCUUUGCUGCAGGGGUGUGUGUGAAGGAGAGGAGGGAGAAAGCAAAGCUAAACUUGUGUGACCCUAAAGAAGCUGGAGGGAAGGAUUGGGCAGGGGCUACUUGGUCUUCCUGUAUUUAUUACCUUGUGCUCUUUUUCCCUGCUCUGACUGACCAUAUUGCUGUGUGAUUCUCAGUUGGUUUAUUUGAGCCAGAACCUGAAGCUCUACCAAUGAAUUGUUUUAAAAAAGGACUCUUUUUGUAUUAAAAUUGCUUGCAGUAAUAAUAA